UUGAUCAUUCACCUCCAGAACAGAGUACACAGCGGUACUUUAUUAAUGCAGUUUAAGUAGUUGAGACAGAGAGAGAGAGAGAGCAAGAUCGAGCGGGAGUGAGCUCUAGAGAUACAUACACACAAUACAGACAGCCACACACGCUGUCCUGAUACAUGCUCUGCUCAAUGGCAAACUCCGGCUGCAUCCUGCUGUCCAACUCAGCUAUGCUCCCUCACACCAUUCCCUGCACACCGGCCUUUCUCUUUCUCCAAGAGGGUAACCAAGAAGCCACAGCCCCUCCAGAAGCGAUGGCACAGCCCUACCCCCCUGCCCAGUACCCUGCGCCACAGAACGGAAUCCCGGCGGAAUAUGCUCCAGCACACCCGCAUGCUACUCAGGACUAUGCUGGACAGACCACGGUACCGGAGCACGCCAUGACAAUUUACACACCAACACAGACGCAUUCCGACCAGCCUUGCACUGAUGCAAACACACAGUCCUUAACAGGCACAUCUACAGUACCGCAGACAGAUGAAGCCGCACAGACAGAUUCGUCACAGCAGCUACAGUCAUCAGAGACCACAGAGAAACAGCAACCCAAAAGGUUACAUGUCUCCAACAUUCCCUUCCGAUUCAGAGACCCUGACCUGCGACAAAUGUUUGGGCAAUUUGGAAAAAUUUUAGACGUUGAAAUAAUUUUUAAUGAGCGGGGAUCUAAGGGAUUUGGUUUCGUAACUUUUGAAACCAGUGCUGACGCGGACAGGGCACGGGAGAAAUUAAAUGGAACAAUCGUAGAAGGCCGUAAAAUAGAGGUAAACAAUGCAACAGCAAGAGUAAUGACAAACAAGAAGACCCCCAAUCAAUACACAAAUGGCUGGAAAUUAAAUCCAGUCGUCGGAGCUGUCUAUGGCCCAGAGUUUUAUGCAGUGACUGGUUUUCCAUACCCAGGAGCUGGAGCAGCUGUGGCCUACAGAGGAGCUCAUUUACGGGGGCGAGGUCGUGCUGUUUACAACACCUUCCGUGCUGCGCCCCCACCACCACCCAUCCCCACAUAUGGAGCAGUUGUUUACCAGGAUGGGUUUUAUGGGGCAGAAAUUUACGGAGGCUAUGCUGCCUACAGAUAUGCUCAGCCUGCUGCCACUGCUGCCGCAGCUUACAGUGACAGUUAUGGCAGAGUCUACGCAGCAGCCGACCCUUACCACCACACUAUUGCACCAGCUGCAACAUACAGCGUUGGGACCAUGAGAUAUACACAGGAAAGCACUGGGAGAAACUACAUCCCCACACUGACGCCCAAUGUGUGUUUUGUUUAUACCAACCAGAGAGAGUGGGACGGUUCAUCUCAGAGAUAUCUCCAGGAAUGCCGUCAAUGCCAGUCCUUGGUUGGCCUACCAGGCUAGCCUGUACAGAGGAGGUUACAGUCGCUUCACCCCGUACUAGCAAGAGAAACUCAGAGACACACUAAAACCCAGCAGGGCUAGAAACGUCUUCUCAGAAACUGUGGGGGUUUCGGCACGACAUGCAGUAAUGUUUUGUGCUGACACUCUCUGGUUAACAUGAUAUUUUUACCUCAGAUGUUUUUUUGUGAUUAUUACUUGUUUUAUCUGUGGUGACUGCAAUUUUUUUUUCUUGAGUUUUGCUCAGUAUAAUCUACUUUGGAAAAUUUCUGAUGUAUAAACUUCAAAGAAAACAACAGGAAAAAAAAGACUUGACAGCUAUAUUGUUUUCUUUUGAAAAUUGGCAUCCAACCAGAGAGCUCUUUGGUUUUAGGCCGAUUUCUCUUUUUUUGCAAUUUUUUUUAGUGACUCUAUUGGAUUUUCAGGAUGUUUGAUUUUAAAAUCAGUUAAACGAACAAAAUUCUGUAUGAAAUGGCUUUAAGGUGAUAGUCAGAAAGCAAAACCUACACAGCAUAUUAUUCCUCUUAGUCUAAUCCCACUCCAGAUUACUGUUAGAUUCCCUGUCAGCACCAGACUUCCCACUUAACAGCUAGGCAGUAUGACAAAACUGACUUAAACUCACCACAUGUGUGCCUGGUGGAUUGAAGUGUCAACCAGAACUGUGAUUGAAACAUGCUGCUCAUAACCAUGAUUGUGUGAAGUGAGCCUUUUAAAAGCCUUCUAUGUUAUUCAUUUUUAAGUCUAGUUUGAUUGAUAGAGGAAGGAAACAGUUUAUUCACGUAGACAGCCUUGGUCUAACAGUUUCAGUGCAAUAGUAGUUGCUUAACAUAAAUCAAAAGAUAAAAUGCAAUUGGGCUUUCUCACAUAGUCAUUGCCAAUAAAGCAGUGCUUGUCCAGUUGACAUAGUGAAAUUUUUAUUCAUGCCUCGUCUGUGGAGGCUUUGUGUAAACAUUGCUCGCUGUUGCUAAAAGGGUUGAGAUAACGCCCAGCCACCGAGCUGAUAUUGAAUUGCACUGGUUUUCUAUAGUUAAGCAAAUUUCUUCUUGCCGUAAAUGGUACCAAACUGGGUGGUCAUGCUACAAUGAGCAUAUAACAAUCUAGUUAAAUGGUACAUCAUGGAAGCAUUCAUUCAAGCAAAGAUGUGGCAAUAGGAAAUUUAAAACAGCUAGGAUAUAGAUAUUUUCUUAAAAAAAGGAGGUAACAGCACUUUCCUACCCUUUUUACAUUCCAUUCCUCUUUUCCUCACUGUUUUGGGCUUAGCACAAACCUCAUUUAUUUAAACACACUAUUUAUGUCUCCUAAGCUGUCACUUCAUUAAUUAUCAUCACAUUUUCUUAGAUCAUUCUGUAGUUGUGACCAGCACAACCUAAAAAAUAAUCUGACCCCACCAACUGAAGAUGGUUCAGUUACUGACUAAAGGCAUUCAACCAUAGAUCUGAAGCAAUUCUUCUGAAUAGAAAUAUAAACUUAUUUAUUUGGCCACUGAGUAAAGUUAACAGUUUUUAAAAGGUGUUCCAAUUGUUCAGAAGCUUCCUGACAAGUAAUAUAGUAUUGCAGGACAAUAUAUAACAAAAUUAUUCACAUUAGCCAAUUAUACAAUUUUCUCCUGAGCCAACAGACAGAUUUACUUAUUUGACACAAAUCUCCAAAAUCAGGAAUUUCAGUCCUUCAUUCACAACUUGCAUUUAUGCAAUGAGUAUUGCCUGAUUUGCAGAAAUUUGUUGUAACUGCAAUUUGUUAAAUGGAAGUCAUUUGCAUGAUAAGCACUUUAUCACCUUAAGAAGAGGUUUCUGGCAUCUCAGAUAGGCAUGUUUACUAAAGAGAACUGUCAAAAACAUUCGAGGAAAGAAUUAACAGUUUAUAUUUUUCUUGGUACAAUUAGUAUUACAAGCUCAAGGUUGUGUAUAAUUGUUGGAAAAAUCAUUAUUCAAAUUUGAGAAAGGCUAGCGACCAAUAAAACGAAAGAAAAGUCUUUCCCAUUUGGAAUGUUAUAUCUGUUAGCCUUAAGUAUUUUUUUUUAUACAACAAAUGCAGCUCUGUGAGGUUUCCCUCAAGUACUGAAUGCCCCAGCUUUUUCCAGUGCACAUCUUUAUAUUUUUUUAAAUCAUCUAUUGUCCCCGGGGAAGGUUCCUAAUAUGUGAAUUGUGUACAGAGAUUAGAUUAUUAAGUACAAUAUGAGAUUGGAGCUGUGUGAAUGAACCAAAAAAUUGAAAUUGCAUUCUAUUUUAUUUCUGACAUCUCUGAGGAUUAACUGGAGCAGCAUAUAUUCUGAAUGUUGUGUAGGUUUCAUAGUGAGAUGAAAGGUGACAUAAUCAGACCUGAGGAGUUACCCUAAGAACUGUUGUGUUUUGCUUGCUUUACAGGUUUGUUUUAUUGUUAAUAUUUUAGAAUUGGUCUUCUUUUAUUUUCCUGUCAAAAUAUGUUCUGUUACAUUACACUCCAAAACCAUUGCAAUAGGGUGUAUUAUAGGUCAACCUGACUCAAGUAUUUAAAACUGAGUAUUUAUUAUGAUUAGUAGCAUAUGACUGUCUUCGUAGACGUAGAUUAAAAUGAGUAGGAACAGAUUAGAAAAUUGUAUUCAUCCUUUUAUACACUUUCAAUAUGUGCACAUAAGUAUUCCAUGGAUCAUUUUUAUAUUGCAAAAAGAGAAAAAAUAGCUUUAAAAAGGCACUGUUUAUACUUUUUGGGGUAAAGAAAUAGCUAACAUCUUUAUAAAUGUUUACUUAUGAAAUAUCAUGUGAAUUGUGUGCUGUAGAAAAUAUAUUACACUAUGUGUUAGCUGUAAAUUCCACUGGAUAGAAUUAUAGUGGGGUUAAUACUCGGGAAAACAAUCAACAGAAUUUUGAAUUACCUUCUUAAAAUACUUUCUUGACAAAUUUAUUCCACACAUAGGAUCAACUUUUCUGAUUCUAGGCUGUAAUAGUAUUAUUAUGGUAACAUUUUACGGUAAUUGCUUUGACUUUAAGAAUUUAUUUCUAGCCAUGACUGCAAACAUCAUUCCUUAGAGCCUAUUGUCUUCAUAGAUUUUGCUUCCUUUGACAGAAACCCAGCUGAACUUAUCUGGCCUUGCAUGCACUUGUGGUUUUUAUGUUUCACCCAGAAUAUUCUUAUAUGCUUUUGAGGGUCUCACUAGUCACAUGUUAUAUGGACUUAUUCAAAUAUGGUGUUCAGAGUUAACUCUUCAUUGCUGUUUCUAUUUAUUUAUUUUUCCAUGUUUGAGUUAGUGGGGAUAACUUUGACAAGCAAGCAAUAUUGGAACUGCUAAACCUAUUGCAGAAUAGGAAAUACAAGAGCAAACAAUCAAGUCAACGUUGUCAAUUUUCCUCCACCAUCCAAAGUCCAAUUAAGCCUUACAUUUAUGACGUUUAUGCCCUAACACUCCCUGUUACUGUGCACGCCUGUAAAUAUGUGCACGUGUUGAUGCAUUCUAACUCUAUGAUUAUCCUUUGUACACUGCACAAUGUUAUUUGAAUAUAUAUUUGUUUUACAUGCGGACAGGGCACACUAGCCCAAUGUUCGUGACCAUACCAGAGUUUGACCAUGGGAGGAAUGGACGGAUGGUUACAUUCACGAGGUAAGUGUCCAUUCCUCUCAAUAUGUUUCACAAAAGUGCACACACCCCUCAGUUGUUCUGUGUGCAGGAACCCCAAAGGAACCACGAAAUGCCCAGUAAACUCAGCAUAGGUGCUGUGUGAGGAGGUCCUACAUAUAAUGAUUAACACGACAGGAGAAAUAUCUUCUGCAGUUUUCCAAGCCAACUUUUUAGCAACCUGUUGUCGAUCACAACUGGUGAUGCACUACCGAUGUGUGAUGUCAGUAUCUAAGUGAAAAGUUGGCAAGUCUUUUUUGUUCUUCGCAUUUUUGAUCAUAGAUUCUAUGAUUGACAAUUGUCUUGCACAGAAAUGUUCCCUGUAAUAUUAUCAAUAUGGCAAUACACAGCAUUGUGUGAGGACUCGAUUCAUGUUCUAAACCAUUAAUUAUUAACUACGUUCAGAACACUGGAGAAUUUUUUAAUCACCAAAAAUAAUCAUUUUCUCAUCACAAUGACCUACUAGCAAACAACCCAUAAAAAAAAUCACAUUAAUAGUUUUUAAGUUGUAAACCAUUACAAAUAAAAUGGGUCGUAAUUCUAUCUUAAUAGAUUAUGUAAAUAGAUCAGUUUGAGUGACAGACCAGAGUCAGUUGUGGACAAACUUGUCCAAUCAGCCUUGUUGACAGAAAUAUCUAUCAUACUAAAUGCCUGACUGUUUGCAAAUUCUGUAUCUGAGAAAGAUGUAGGUCAUCAUAACUUUAGAAUGGUAUUUGUAUUUCGACACAAUAAAACAAUUAAAUGAUCAGCUCACUGCACUCAUUAACAUGAUGUAAUAGAAAUCAUGAGAGAUUGCUAAAAUGAAACUUUUAUGUUUUGGCUGAUAAUCUCUUCAUGUUUGUAAGAUUGUCCAUCAAGGGUUAAUGAGAUAUGAGUAACAUUUUCCCCAACCUUCAUAAUUUUGUUUCUCUGAAUUACCAGGUCAUUACAAUGCUAAAAAUAUUAUUUUUGAGCCCUUGUCAAGAUGGUGAUCUGUCAUUGUACAAUGUAAAGUUACUAUCAUGUGUGUGUCACAGCAGCACACAGAAAAGUUCUUGUCUGCACAACACCGAAGGAAGAAAAAACAUCCUACUGUGUGAUUUAAUUUGUCAAGUAUACAAAAUUUAUCUUUCAGAAGCACUAAAAAUAGCAAAAGAUGUCAAAAUUCACUGAGAAAGGUAACUGGAAUUUCUGUUGCAUUUCUUGUUUCUCCCUUUCUCAAUCUGGUACAAAACUAGUUUUUAUCAGGAGCAGAUUUGUAUAGAAGUGCAUCAUUGUUGUUGUUAGAGUUAACUAAUGUAAUAAUAACGUAGGGUCCAUAAUAUUAACCUUACCUUGCUGGCUUUCCAUUUACAUCUUCAAGCUAUUUUUAAAAAAUUACUGUAUAUGCAUUUCCUAUAAAUAUGUUGAGAUUAGUGUUUGCUUUAAACACUUUCUUGCUAAGCACUUUGAUAGACUACAGCCGCAUCUCUUUGCUGCAAAUGUUCAAAGACAACUGCAAUGAAAAGGGUAACAAAAUAUUCUUCUAAACAUUUGCAAUCUGCAACUUAUAAAGUGUCUUUAUUUGUCCUUAAUAGCUAGCGGUCCCGUUUCAGGGCUUAAUUACCUGCUGUCCUUCUAAUAUGUAAACCAUUAAAUCUACACAACUGUCUAUAUACAAAUCAACAGUUGUAAUGUCCUGGCUUUAUUUAUAUUAUUAAAAAUAAUAUAGAAUAUCUCUCUAUAUGGAGGAUAAUGUAUUGUAGUGUGCUAAAACAAUAUCUGUUUAUGUGUGGUUCUCUGGUUCAAAUAAAUCCCAGGCAAUGGUGAGAGGACUAAAAUGUUCUUUUGUUUAAUGGUAGCUGGGUGGUACAGUAAGUAGGCUCUGGGACCUGAUACAAAAUAUGGCCAGACAUUUUCAGAAUAUGAAUAUUAGUGAGUUUGGUCAAUUUUCUAAGUAACUUCCAAUUAUCUUAACUCAAGAAAAGCACAGUUAGUUCUUAAUCAGCAAUGUCUUUCAAAAAGGAUAUAUGACUUAGGUUGAGAUGCACCAAGGUGAAAUGCAAAUGGAUUGCAACUCUGCAUCUGACUUAAAUUCAUAACUUGAAACGGUUCAGUAAGAUUGCUGAGUACAAAAGGAAAGAAAAAUAUUUUUUCUUUCCUGUCCCUCAUGUGGAAUAAAAUGUUCACAUACGUUGUGCUUGAAACAUUGCUAUAUAUUCAAAAUGAAUUAUUAAUCCAUUCAUGUUACUUAGAGGAUAAAUUGCUAUUUCAAAUUUAGUAAAGAUUUAUUGAUUAAUAAAUUUAUCGGAAUUAUCUCCAAGCCAAACUGUGCAAGUUCUUUCCUUCAUCUUAUAUUCUAGUGACUCUGGCAUGACACAGGUGCACUGUACUAAAUGAAGGGCUCAGAAGCUGAAACCUACGGAUUCUGGGAAUAUAGAACCUUGUGCCACACCUUCAGCAAACAAGAUGUGGAACGUACGCAAGUACUGCCAUAUGGAAAAGAAUUGUACGUUGUAUACCAUGUGUACGCUCAAACUCCUCCUUUUUAUAAUUCCACUUGUAUAUAGCCCUUUAGCUGCCACCCUUGUGCAAUAGAUUAUAACACAUCCUGACCUUCCAUCUCAUUGAAACCAGUGAGAAUGUCUUGGCGCAGUAACACAGCUAUCGCCCAGUUAAGUGCAUUUUUGUUAUGCACUAAAUCAUUCUUGUUGUUUUCAAUGGGAGUAAGAGGAAUUGACAGCUCGCAACAUAAAAUAGUGGCAAACAAAAAAAUUAAGCAAAGAAAUGUAAACAUUUCAAAAAUAAGACUCUCUUUUAGGACUUUCAGUGUCCUAGAAUGGAAACAGGUUGUGUUGUAUAAGAUUUUAAAACAGCCUGACGUUUCAGGACUCAAGAGACCCUCAUUGCUCCCCUUCCCAUCCCUGGAUUCUGUGGUAUCCUUUUGAACUGCAGAACUGUACAGCCCUUGAUGUUAUGAUGCUGCCUUGGUCUAGGGUAUGCUAUUAUGAUGCUGAGUUAGUAAUGUCCAAGUUUCAGACCUGGGACUUUUCACAUCUCAAAAGUUUGAGUAGUGCCCUCUUGGCCUAAGUAUUCCUAGCUUUGCCUGGCCUUUAGCGAUCCAGACUCCAAACUCCACAAAACUAUCACUUUUCCAAGCCAAACUGUCUGCAAUUCCAUCUCAAUCUUAAAGGCUAUUUUGUUCAACCCUUGUCUCCUGACACUCUCUCAGUCCUGGAACUGCAUGUUGUUUAAUAUCCUGUUAGUACCUCAUGUGCUUUUAACUGUCUAUAUGCCGUUGGUUCCUAAUUUCUUGCUCUCUGCUGCUGCUCUGGUAGAUACCUGCUGAUUAGAGAGCUGUAGUUUAGACCUCUGCCUUCCUUUUUCUGCCAUUCUGUAAGCUUCUAAUGUGAUUCAA